AUUAAUUAUGGAUAAAGUAGAAUCAGAUUGUGUACUGUGUGUUUAAGAAACAGAAAUCAUCGCAAUAGGUCAUUGUAAUCAUAAAACAUUCUGUUAUCAAUGUAUGAUCAAGAUGAGGGUGAUAAGUAAAAUAAAAAUGUGUCCAAUUUGCAAAUAAUAACUUGACAAGAUAAUCCUCACUGACAAUCUAAAUGCUUAAUUUACAGACUUUCAAUUAAAUAAACUUAUACCAAUCUAAUAUACAGUAUGAUAUUAAUUAAUAUCACUCCUUUUAGAAAGAAGCAAAAGAUGUGUUUUAUACUAAUUCUGAAGAAAUUAAAAUCAAAGUAGAAAGUCUCAAUAAUCUAAAAUGUCCAUUUUUAGAAUGUCAAACAGAGUAGUAAUUCAGUAAUUAUAAUUAAUUGAGAAUUCAUCUUAAAGAAUAGCAUCAACGAUAUUUUUGGUAUCACUUAAUUGAUAUAUUUUAGUGAUGUUUGUAUUGAGUAAAAAACUUGUUUUCUUGUGGAGUAGUAAGUAUAUACUGAGUAUCAAUAUCGUCAUCAUUUAUAACAUGGAGAUUAUGAUGAGGAUGGUAAUCUGAUAUUCAAGCAUCCUUAUUGUAAAUAUUGCAAGAAAAACUUCUAUGAUGAAGAUAAAUUCAAAUAACAUCUAAAUAUUGCCCAUAUUAAUUGUAGUAUGUGUGAAGAUAGAAAAUUUGUAUUUUAUAAGGAUCAUGGAAGUUAUGAAAAACAUUUAAAACUGUCUCAUUAUUUAUGUGAAGAACCUGAAUGUAAAUAAAUGCUUGUUGUUUUCAAAUCUUCUGGUGAAUUAGAUUUGCAUAAAACACAAAAUCAUUGUAAUGAUCCAAGAAUCAAAAAACUUAAUUAAUAUAAUAUUCAAUAAUUUGCUGGAUUUUAUGAUGAUCAAAAAUAAAAAAAAUAAAUUAAUGAUAAGGAAGGAGAAGAUUUUAGUGAUCAAUUCCCUUCACUUAAAUAAACUAAUUUAAGAGCUGUUGUUCAUCUUGAUGAACACAAUGAUGAAAAUAUUGAUUUUAGAGACUUUUUAUAUGUUGAAUAUAAUGAUGAAAUUGAUAAAUAAUCUGAUCAUAGUGAGAAAUUACAUGAAUAAUAAAAUAUUCAUUUAGAAGAUAUACGUCUUAUUAAACCAAUAUCUAUGCCUAGCAUAGGAUUUGAUUAUUUUAUAAGAAAAUGUUCAUAAUUCUUUAAAACCUAAAAAGGUAAGGAAGAUUAAAUUAGAAAAAUGAUUAUGAUGUUUGAAUAAGACAGAUAUAGUGCUGAACAUUUUGUUAGUGAUUUUAUUAGAAUGUUUGAAUUGAAAACAGGAUUAAGAUUGAUAACAUUUUAUAUGGCUAUGAGAGAUGUUAAAGAGAAUAGAAAUAUUUGGAAGAUUUUAGAUGAUGCUUACUUUAAAGAAUUAUAAAAAUUACCAAAAAGAAAUAAUUCAAUAAUAAUGAAUUGCAAAACUUAUUCAGAAUUAUUUUUAAGAUUGUUGGAUGAAUUGAAUAAAAAUUUAGCUUAGAGAAUUGAGAAAGGAGAACUAAAGAAUUAUGUUGAUACAAUCAUGGCAAAAGAAAGGAUAUUUUAAUUUAUUGAAGUACUAAGACAUGUAAGAACAUCAGAGAUGGGUAAAUUUAAAUUUGCAUUAAAUUUUGGUUUGAGUUCUUAAAUAUUAGAACAUAUCAAAUAAAAUGUUUUACUGAAUGAUUAAUCAAUCAUUUAAUGUAUAAAAUAUAAUAUAAUUAUUAGAAAAUAUAUCAAAGAUUAGCAAUCAUGAUUUAAUUCCUUUUUAUUUAUAUGUAAAUUUAAGUUCAAAGAUUUUGAAAGGAGAAUAAAUUCAUAAAGAGAAAAAGGAUGUUAAUGAAUGUGUUUAUUUGGAAUUCUUUUAGAAAAAUCCAAAACUAUUCAAUCAGAUAACAAAACCUGAGACAGUUGAAUAAAAUAAAUAAUAAUUAUUGUAAAAGUAACCAAAAAACUAAUAAGGAAAUGGAUUAGAUAUGAAUGCAUUUGAUUUUCCAUCUUUACGUAAUUUAAAUUUAAAUAAGAAUAGCUAAAGCACCAAAAAAAGAAUAGAUGUAAAUAGAUCAAUUUUAAGUGAAGAAUGUAGAGCCUUAAAAAUAAUAAGUGUAGUAAUAGUAGUAGAAGAAAUAAAAAUAGAAUAAUUAAGGAAAGAAGGGUAAAUGGCAAGAAAGUGGACCAGCAAUAUUUUAGAAUUAAGUUGUAGAAGAAGAAUCAUUUCCUAGUUUAGUACCUUAAUCAAGUAUUAAUAAAAAAUAAUUAAUAGAUGAAAGUAAAGUAAAGUAAGUAAAUCAUACUACAGGUAUAUUUGUGGAGGAUGAGAGUUUUGUUCCACUUACUACUUAUAAGCCAGUUAGAAAUAUAGAAGGUACAGAAUGGGAUAGUAAUCCAAUAGUACCAGUAAUUAAAUAAUUUUAAUAUUAAUAUAGAUAAAGAAUUCAAAAAUGAAGGAAGUUGGAAAGAUAUAAAAGAAGAAUAAGAUAAUAGUUUAAAUAUCUGGUGGAUUUUGUUGAUUUGAAAUUUUUUGUUGGUUGAUAAUUUAUUAUGAUU